UUUGGCUGACUUCUGCCGUUUGCUGGGUUCUUCGCAAUUCGCAUAGUUUUGCUCGAUUGUUGCUCUCGUCUAGUACCGAGGCUUCUCUUAAACUAGGGUUUGAAUUAUUGUCACCUUCGAUCAUCGGAGGUGUUCCUCUGCGAAUUUGGAAUUAGAGGAAUCUCUAGAUCUUCCUGAUUAAGCAGUUUGAGGAGGAACCUUUAUUUGUAGCAAUGGCGAAUAAUCCUCCGCCAUCUUCUGGUGCCCAGUUCCGACCAAUGGUUCCCGGACAACAGGGUCAGCCCUUUGUUCCCAUGGCUUCGCAGCCUUUUCACCCCUUUGGACAUGUACCUCCUAACGUCGGGAUGCCGGGUGUUCAGAGUCAGCCUCCACAGUUUUCUCAGCCGAUGCAGCAGCUCUUUACAGUGAGACCAGGUCAGCCAGGCCAUAUUACAUCCUCAUCACAGGCUGUAUCUGUGCCAAAUAUUCAAACAAACAGGGCUCUUACAUCUGGAUCUACUCAACCACAGCCAAACGCUCCUACAAUGGGAAACUAUGGUGCUCCUGGACAACCAUAUUCCUCUUCAUAUACGUUUGUACCAUCAUCUUAUGGUCAGCAUCAAGCACCACCCCAGGUCCAACCAACUUCUCAGGCACCAGGUGGUGUCCCCCCAGCUGCACCGUCUUGGGCGGUGUCCGGAAAUCAAAGUACAGCACCUGUGCUCCCUUCACAGACGACUGGUCAACAAACACCAGUUAUUAUUGCUUCUACAGAUCCAGCAAGCCUGACUCCACAGACUGCAUCUGAGUGGCAGGAGCAUACAUCAGCUGAUGGGAGAAAGUAUUAUUACAAUAAACGGACUAAACAAUCCAGUUGGGAGAAACCUCAUGAAUUGAUGACACCACUCGAGAGAGCUGAUGCAUCCACUGUAUGGAAGGAAUUCACAACACCUGAAGGAAGAAAGUAUUAUUAUAACAAGGAUACAAAGGAAUCUAAGUGGACUAUUCCUGAAGAACUGAAGUUAGCUCGUGAACAGGCCCAACGAGCUGUUGCACAGGGAUCCCAGUCAGAAGCUGGAACUAUUUCCGAGUCUCAAGCUGUGUCUUCAACAGAUCUGGCAGUUAUCACUACUGUCACUUCUGUUGUUCCCACCACUUCUGUGACAUUACCUGCACAGUCUUCUUGUCCGGUUCCAACUUCAACUGCCGUAAUUGUCAGUCACCCUCCUUCUGUGGUCCCCGUUACUCCAACAUCUGCUGCAACUAGCAAUGCUGGGGCUACGUCAAUGAAAGCAGAUAAUUUAUCGUAUCAGGGUGCUACUGGUCCUAAUGGUGGAGUUCCAGCACACAACAUCGAGGUAGAGAACAAGGGGAUUGCAGUGAAUGGAAAAACCAGUUUCCCACCUACUGGAGACAAAGUAAAUGGGGAUGAACCCUUGAUGUAUGCUACUAAGCAGGAGGCCAAGGCUGCUUUCAAGCAUCUUUUGGAAUCUGUAAAUGUUCAGUCUGACUGGACUUGGGAACAGGCGAUGAAAGAGAUUGUCAAUGAUAGAAGAUACAGUGCUUUGAGGACACUUGGUGAGCGGAAACAGGCUUUUAACGAGUAUCUGGGCCAGCGAAAAAAAGUGGAAGCUGAGGAAAGGCGGAUGAGACAGAAGAAAGCUCGGGAAGAUUUUGUCAAGAUGCUAGAAGAAUGUGAAGAACUUUCAUCGAGCAUGAAGUGGAGCAAAGCUGUAAGUUUGUUUGAAAAUGAUGAGCGCUUUAAAGCUGUUGAACGCACAAGGGAUCGUGAAGCUCUUUUUGAGAACUACAUGUUGGAUCUUGAGAAGAAGGAAAGAGAAAAAGCUGUGGAGGAACAUCGACAGAACAUGGCUGAAUACCGGAAGUUUCUUGAAACCUGUGACUUUAUCAAGGUUACUUCACAAUGGCGGAAAGUUGAAGAACUACUGGAGGAUGAUGAAAGAUGCUUACGUCUUGAAAAAAUAGAUCGACUGAUUGGUUAUGAAGAAUACGUUUUUGACUUGGAGAAGGAAGAAGAGGAGCACAAGAGGGUAGAGAAAGAACAAAUAAGGCGAGCUGAGAGAAAAAACCGCGAUGCAUUUCGUACACUAAUGCAAGACCAUGUUGCAGCUGGAAUUCUUACAGCUAAGACUUACUGGCGGGAUUAUUGCAUGAAGGUUAAAGAUUUGCCUCAAUACCAAGCUGUUGCAUCUAAUACCUCUGGUUCCACUCCAAAGGACUUGUUUGAAGAUGUGAUAGAAGAGUUAGAGAAACAGUAUCAUGACGAUAAAAGCUGUAUAAAGGAUGCUAUGAAGUCAAGGAAGAUUUCCAUAGGCUGCUCAUGGACGUUUGAAGACUUCAAAUCUGCUCUUUCAGAGGAUCUCGGUUCUCAACCGGUAUCAGACAUUAACCUAAAGCUUGUAUACGAUGAUUUGUUUGAGAGAGCAAAGGAAAAAGAAGAAAAAGAGGCUAGAAAGCGUCAGCGUUUGUCUGAAGAUUUCACCAAACUGUUGCAUACUAUUAAGGAAAUAAGUGCAACUUCAAAUUGGGAAGAUAGCAUAUCUCUAUUUGAAGAGAGCCAAGAGUACAUAUCGAUUGGAGAUGAAAAUACUUGCAAAGGGAUUUUUGAGGAAUACAUAGCGGCCUUACAGGAAGAGGCUAAAGAAAAGGAGCGAAAGCGUGAGGAGGAAAAGAUGAGGAAAGACAAAGAGAGGGAAGAGAAAGAGAAGCGGAAGGAGAGAAGAGAAAAGGAGAGGGAACGCGAAAAAGACAGAGGGAAAGAGGAUAGCGAGAAUGCAGAUAUUAUGACAGAAAGCCACAAAGAGGACAAAAGAAAGGGAAAAGAUAGAAGCAGAAAACAUCGGAGACGGCACCAUAAUUCCGAUGAUGAUGCAAGUUCUGAGAGGGAUGACCGAGAAGAACCCAAGAAAGUUCGAAAACAUGGCAGUGACCGCAGAAAAUCAAGACAGCAUGCUCGUUCACCCGAAUCAGAUGGUGAAAGUCGGCAUAAAAGACACAAGAGGGACCAUCGAGAUAGUUCCCGUAGAAGCGGUAACGAGGAGCUAGAAGAUGGAGAGGUUGGCGAGGAUGGGGAAAUCAGGUAAGCCAAUGUCUUAUACAAAGGCUUUCCAGUGUUUCCUCAUGACCAUAUGAUGAUCUCUUUUCUCUUACAACUGCUAUAGAUAAUAUGUUUCAUGUCUUGUCGGAAGAGAGACAGCGUGUGUUGUGUUGAGAUUCUUCCUUCUUGGAGAUCUUCUGACAAAAAGUGUUGUUAGAUAGAUUCUUUGAGCUCUCAUGCUACUGAAUUGAGAAAUGCCUGUUGAGAGUCUUGGAAUGCCAAUGUUUUUUCUUUCUUUUUUAGACUUGAUUUUGCUAGGUUCUUAUAUAUGUAUGUUAAUGCAUUA